CACACACACACACACACACUAGUGCACACACUCACACUAGCCCAGACACCCAUUCGAGUGCACACACACUAGCCCGCACACUCACACACUAGCACACACAUACUCUCUAGCAAGCACACACACCAGCACACACACACACACAGUUGUGCGCGCACACACUAACUCUGGUGCGCACACACACUCUUCUCCUCUUGAUCUCAGGAAUGGCUCUGGACUUCGCUGCUGGAUGUUUCGGAGGAGCUGCAGGUGUGCUGGUCGGACACCCGUUUGACACAGUGAAGGUGCGACUGCAGGUUCAGAGUGUGGACAAGCCCUUAUACCGCGGUACAAUUCACUGCUUCCAGUCCAUCAUCCGGCAGGAAUCGAUGCUGGGCCUCUACAAGGGCAUCGGCUCCCCGCUGAUGGGUCUGACCUUCAUCAAUGCCAUCGUGUUCGGUGUGCAGGGAAACGCCAUGCGGAUGCUGGGCUCCGACACGCCGCUGCAUCAGUUCAUGGCGGGUGCAGCGGCCGGACUCAUCCAGAGCGUGAUCUGCUGCCCGAUGGAGCUGGCCAAGACCCGCAUGCAGAUGCAGGGCACGGGGGAGAAGAGCUCGUCCCGCAGGCUCUACAAGAACUCUCUGGACUGCCUGAUCCGCAUCUACCGCCGCCAGGGCUUCAGAGGCAUCAACAAAGGGAUGGUGAGCACCGUGAUCCGUGAGACGCCAGGAUUCGGGAUUUACUUCCUGACCUACGACACGCUGACGCGCUCGCUGGGCUGCGACGCCGGUGACCGCUUCAUCGUACUCAAGCUGCUGCUGGCAGGCGGAGCCUCAGGCAUCGCCUCCUGGAUCUCCACCUACCCGGUGGACGUCAUCAAGUCCCGCCUCCAGGCUGACGGAGUGGGCGGAGACUGCAGAUACUCCGGCAUGCUGGACUGUGUUGCACAGAGCUGGCGGAGGGAAGGGUGGAGAGCGUUCACUCGAGGGCUGACCUCUACCCUCCUCAGGGCGUUCCCUGUCAACGCCACAACCUUCGCCACGGUCACGCUCUUCCUCAUGUACAUGCGGCAGGAGGACGUGGAGGACGCCUGCGAGUCCAUCCGGCCAGACCUCCAACACAGCAGCCUCUGAAUCCUAGAGAUCCCAAACCAAAGCAGAAGAGUAUAAACAGAGGGCGGAGCCAGCUCCAAGAGGGUGGGACUUGAGCUCCAAGUGGGCUGUACAAACCCCCUGGAGUUUGCAUUUAUUUACUACAUCACACAAGUCCAACCUGUUGUGCUUUAUGAACGUCUACACCUACACCAACCCUCAACCCAACCUCAGAGUUACCUGUUGUGUUUUAUAAACGUCUACACCUACACCAACCCUUAACCCAACCUCAGAGUAACCCGUUGUGUUUUAUAAAUGUCUACACCUACACCAACCCUAAUUCCAAUCUUACAGUGACUUGUUAAGUUUCAUUAAUGUCUACUACACCAACCCCAACCCUAAACCCCACCUACUGGUGCAUCGAUCCCUACUUGAACCAAAGUGCCUUUCAAGGGCUCAUUCCAGUCCAAUUUUUCUAGGUCCUUCACUCGCUAUCUUCCCUCAGUCUGGUUCACUUAGAUGUAUGCCAUUGUAUGUCACGCACAUCGGUGGAUUGGGCUGUUUACAAUACACUGAACUGAACUCUGGAAACUGGACUGAAGCCAUUUCAGUUUACUAGAACUUCAUCAGUGUUCAGCUGCUAUGACACAUUGUGAAGCGCUAUAGAGAUGAAGAUGAACUGAACAAGUGUCCACUACUGGUGGAGCAUCUGAAUUGGUUUAAAGUAAAUGCAAUGCCCUAAACUCUUGAGCACUUAGGAACUACACUGUUGUGGUGCCACAAACACAUUGCAUUCUGGGACAUCGAGGUGCUGGAGUGGACAUAUGAAGCCAACUCACUCCCUCUGUCAAAACUGAGGGAUCGAAGGGUAUAUCAAUGUAAACUUCCCUCAUUUACUUGAUCAAGUAAAACGCACUUUAAAAUGGCGGCAGGGAUUCCCUCGAGAGAAGAAGGGAAGGGAAGUUUGCGAUUGCGUGUCUAAAAGUGGAUUGGAACGCAGCCAAGGAAUGUAUGUUCACUCGGCGGCCAUAUUUCCAACUCCAGAUCAUCCAAGACCAAAGUCAGAGGAAUCCUGAAAUCUCGAAAACUGACAUAUCUCAAAUCAACAGCACACUCUGAGGUGACCUGGCCCAGUGCUGCGGUUGUUUAAGCUCUAAUUACAUUUAAGACACCUCAUUUCCAGUUUGCUCCAGCUGCUGCGCAGAUUGGCACGACACCAAUCUGCUUUACAGCUGUUUCUAUAGCAACCAGAGGACGCAGCUAUAAACAAAGACAAAAAAAAACUGCAUGAAGACUGGAGGACACGAUAUGUGAUGGAUGCGUGUGAUGUGUUCUCCUCCUGUCAAAAUCAACGCAGUAACACACAGUAUUCACCAAUCAACGAACAAGUGAAUCUGCCAAACCCCUCCCCCACAGAACCACAAGGCUAUAAAGACUCAUGAUUGGCUAUUUUGACUUGAAGGCGGGACUUCCUUCGCUGUGGUGGCUGUACUGAUCAAUGCACUGUCCCCAUUCACAGUAAUGCCAGUGCAUCUAUAUAUCUCUAUAGUGUCUGGCUGUCUGACUCAGAGAUGGGUUCGAGAAAAGCAGAGGAGUUUUAGACUGGAUGAAGAACACGAUCAUCAUCUAAAAGAGGCGGUGAGGCUUCUAAAACUCAUUUCUUCUGAGCAGAAAGACUCAAACUCGUGUACCUGUGUAAAACAAACAAGAAUAAACUGCUUCUUACUGAGGCAGAAGCAUUAAAGGGGCAGUUCCCUACUGACAAAUCCAGCUUAAACCAGCCUAGACUGGUUGGCUGGUUUUAGCUGGUCAAUCAGGCUGGUUUUAGAGGGGUUUGGCCACUUCCAGGCCAGUUUCCAGCCUGGUCUUAGCUGGUCAGGCUGGGUGAUGACCAGCUAAAACCAGCUUGACAAGCCUAGGCAGGCUGAGAGCCCAGCCAAAACCAGAUAUGUCCAGCUUAAACCGGGCUGGUCGAGCUGGUUUUAGCUGGUCAUUUUCCAGCCUGACCAGCUAAGAAUGGCUGAAACCCAGCCUGGAAGUGGCCAAACCCUGUCUAAAACCAGGCUGGUCAACUAGCCAAAAACAGCCAAUCAGCUUAGGCUGGUUUAAGCUGUUUUUUUUCAGCAGGGUUAACAAAGAAAUGAGGAUUCUGUCAUUAAUUACUCUCCCUCAUGCAGUGUCAAUCUCCUGAGCUCUUCUAUAUCUAUUUAAAAACCAUUUCAGAUAACUUCAACAGAAGUAUUGUGGGGAUGACACGUGCCUCAGUGUGUAUGUGUGUUUCCAAGUACUGGGUUGCGGCUGGAGGGGCAUCCACUGUGUAAAACAUAUGCUGGAGUAGUUGGUGGUUCAUUCCGCUGUGGUGACCCCUGAUGAAUAAAGGGACUAAGCUCUUAAUGAAUAAGUAUUGUAAAUUAGACUGAUUUGUAUGAUGAGUUCCUGCUCACUCCAGUAGGGGGCGCCACUACUGUGAACAGUGCAGUGGUUCAGCUGUAAUCAGCGUUCAGCGUUUUGAGGACGUUUUCUUGUCUUGUCUGGACUUUGAGCACCUCAGGACCCUUGCUGUCUAUGGAGAGUCUGAGAGCUCCAGGAUUUCAGCUAAGAUAUCUUCAUCUGUGUCUGAAGAUGAAUGAAGAGCUCAGGAGACUGACACAACAUGAGGGAGAGUCAUUAAUGACAGAAUACUCAUCUCUGUGGGAACUGACCCUUUAAAAGGACACGCUAGACCUGAUUUAUCACCAUAAUAGUGCAUAUUAGAACAUCUAGACUGACGAUAUGUGCCUUUCAAGUCUUAAUAUGAAUGUUUUAGCAGGAAUCGAGAUAUACUGUUGUGUUUUUAACGCUUUCGCACAUUUUUAUUCUGCCAAUGCACAUUAUUUUGGAGAUGUUGUAGGCAGAGUUUGAAAUGUUCAGACCAGAGAGCAGAACGAGUCGUGAUCAGAGGAAUCGAGACUUCUCAUCAUGUUUACAUCACACACUGCAAAGACUAUCUGUUAAUGAGCAGCUUCUGUGUUGUGUGUUCGUGGUGGUGAACUGCAUUAUGGGAUGUUGAUCUCUGCUCUGUCCACUUCUGAUGCUGAAUAUUCAACUCUACAGUUUAAUAAACAGACUUUUACUGACA